CUAAGCUUCCAAGCUCGGAAGGUUUCCUCUCCUUCAAUCCAAGCUCGGGAAACCCCGACCUAGCUAGCUUCCCAGCUCAGGAAGUUUCCUCUCUUUCAAUCCCUGCCUUUCUCCUUCCAAUAAGGGAACCACGGUGUGGUUGAGAACCCUUCUCUCUCCCACCCUCUUCUGGUACCCAAAUCUUCUCAAGGCUUGCACAAGAGUCAAUAAUAUUGUCAGUUCUCGCCAUGUUGGACCCUCUCAUAUGUGGCUAUGAAGCCCCAUCACGAACAAAACACCAACGCAAACAGUAGGUGUACUUCCCAACUAUCUCCUCUCUGCUUCUGAUAAGUUGAUCACCUACUAUUUCUCCUCUCUAUAAUCCAUUCUCUCGCUGCUUAGGCCUGUUCUCCAUUCUUCUAGUCCAUCAAAACCCUACUACUCCUCUGAAUGGCAGGUUUGCCAAACCAUUCAGAUCAGCUUCCACCAAACUCCGAUACUCUUCGCACCAUCUCUCACUCAUUUGCCAGUUUCAUGAGAUUUAAUCGCGGUCCAAGUUCCGAACAACGCCCCUAGCUCUUUAAUCUCCAAAGAACAAUCCUCACUUUCACCAGCUCCAUAGCUCCUGCCAACUUCUUGUUCUUGUGAGCUUGUGGGCGUAGAAACUCUGAUCAAAGGAAAUAUUGGUCGUCGAUUUCUACUUUAAAACAUGAAGUCAAAAGCAGCGACCCGCAGCUCCACCGAACGUCAAAAGAAAGAGAGGUCCUUCAGUUGGCUGUGCGGUAUUCUGUCGCCACCCAAGAAGGAGAAGCCCGAAAAAGCCAAGCCCAUUGGGCCCCCAACGGCAUCUAGGUUGCUGUUGGCUGGGCCAAGUUCCCUGGAGUUCGAGCGGGUCUUCCACUGUUUCGACGAGAAUGGUGACGGCAAGAUCUCGCCAGUGGAACUCCAGAGCUGCAUGCGGAUGACCGGCGAAGAGCUAUCACUGGAGGACACAGCAGCCCUUGUGAAGUCCAUGGACUCUGAUGGUGAUGGGCUGUUGGGCUUUGAUGAUUUCAUUAAGUUGGUGGGCCCUGAAGGGGAGGAGGAGAAAGGGAGGAGUUUGAGGGAGGCUUUCCAGGUGUACAAGAUGGAUGACCAGGAGUGUAUCACACCAACCAGCCUCAAGAGGGCACUUGGCAAGCUUGGGGAGUCCAAAACAAUGGAGGAGUGCACGGUCAUGGUUCAUCGGUUUGAUAUCAAUGGGGAUGGUGUGAUCAGCUUUGAUGAGUUCCAGAUCAUGAUGCUAUGAUUGGACGGACAUGGUAUAUAGUUGGGAGGCACCUUUUGGUUUGUAGGUUCAUGCAUGCCAUGUGACCUGUGGAUCAAUGACAAUGCAUAGCGCCAGUCCUCAUAGGUACCUUCCAGGUGAUCCAUGGCCAUAUAGGUCAUCAAUUUUAGUCUGUGAGAAGCAAUUCUUCUUAAUCUUGUCUCAACAAUUACUUACCAUGGAAUUGGUGGUGAAGGUUCUUAAUGUUGGGGACCAUGGACGCAAAAGAAAUGGGACUUGGAUGACACCAGCCGGCUAGGCUAGUGCUAGUGCAACUCUCCAAGCUCCCUAGAAGAGGGGUUCCUGCUACCAAUCCUCUCUAACUGGCACACCUCCUAUCCAAUGACUCCAUGGUGCAUAGCAACAUCGAUCGCACAUGGAUAUGGGUUUCAAGCAUCUAAUUAAAUUGCUAGGAUCUAAAGACUAGACCCUUCCUUUCAUCAAAAAAAAAGGGUGGACCUUCUUUCCAAAUGAUCAAAGCAUUUGGGGUGGUUGUCCCAGCAUGCAUCAAUUGAAGCAAUCAAAUUUGAGAAUCAUGAGCUACAUGACAACAGCCUACAUGUCUGUAAAGAUGCCAUCAAAGUUAAUAUUGAGCCACAAACUUGGAGCAUGAAUAUUGUUUGAUAGCCUUCGGCCUAGGAUCCACCAGCUUGGAAUGCACAUAAAACCAACCAAAUCAAUUAAUCUUACAAUGAGAAAAAUUGCAUCACAAGCAAACUUUACUCCUAUCACCAUCUCAAAAAAAAUGUGACACCCAAGUAGCAAGAGUAAUGGGUGACUGCUUUUACGCCAUGAUUAGAUGGUAGCUAUGGCGCCAUUCAUACUGGCAAUUGCAGCGGAACCUCUACGAUAUGAAGAAUUAUGGCAUGAUGAUGGAACAUGAAGAAGUAUGAUGCGUCGCUUUGUUGUUCAUAUUGCCUGAAUGUGUAUGUUCUUGGAGGGUCCGAGGCAUAUAUAUUUCCUCUUCUCAAAUAGUAUCUUCAAGUUUAUAGAAGACAAACUUGAGUUGCCAGCACCACAACUCCUCAAGCAGAUUCUGAAAAAGAAUGACUGAAAAAUGAUCAACUUGAGAACGUUUAAGACAGAUCUUGAGAGAGUGUCCUCAGUUGUGUCCCAGAAGAUUGGAGGAGGAUACCGUCUUUUUUACUGUGAUCAGGAGAUUACAGGAACUUCGCUUCACAAAUGAGUUCAAAAUGCAUUGUAAAGUACCUCAAGAUAGAAGUUACAUGAAAAAAUUAUUCCAUGUUGUUAGCUUACCCCUGAUUUGCACUGUUUUCCUCACUCAUCAUCAAAAUGUGAAUUAUUGUUUUUCUCAAAGACAAGUUAAUAUUGUA